CGAUCGCUAUCGAAAGAACAGAACGUUCAAAACAUUAAAUAGUUUAAUAAAACCUACUAACAAAAUAAAAACACGACCGAAGAGUUUCCUGUUCGAAUUUGCCGACAAGACCAGAAAAAGUCUGUUAAAAAUUUUUAUAAGCUCCAAAUCUGCCAAAAAAAUGAAUCGAUAUUUUGGGGUAGAUUUGUUUUUAUUAUAAAAUUCAGUGAGAUUUGAAGAGCUAGAGCUUACUCGUUUAAUUUCGGUACAGUUGAUUGCUUUAUUAAUUGGGAAUGGUGAAAUUUUCAUAGGUUUCUCAAUUUUGGGUUAUUUGUUAUUUCCAUGGAAGAGAAAAGAGGUUAUAAAGGAAAUUUAGGUGUUUCGAGUCCCAAAACAUAUCCUAAGAGUAUUUGCAGGCAAAUAACUGGAAUAAGCAAUGGUAGAGAUCUUAAGGGUGCAGCAGGUCAUGUAGCAAUAUUUUUACUCAAAGUUGCUGCAUUGGAAACUGUUAGAAGGGUCUCGAAGGCUAAAUGUCCCUUUUUAUGGCGUGGUAUCCAGGCUUUGCAAGUUGUAUGCUAUCCACCCGUUAAUUGUAUUCAGAAAUUGGCUCCCUUUAAGGGUUUGGUUAAAGGAAUGCAGAUGUUGUCGAGGCCAUUAUUGGUGCUUUCAAUCGCGACAGCAUUUUCAGAUCAAGAAGAGUGUAAGGAUGAAGCCCCGGAUGGUACUAGUGCUUCUCCGGUGUAUUCAGAAUCACGUCCUGAGGAAUACGCUGUGCAGUCUGACUUGGAUACAAGGUACAUUGAGCAGAUCAGUAAUGAAGCUUCCCAAAAUCUAGAAUGUGAAAGCUGGUUGGAUCAACUCCACAAGGAUCUGGAAAAUCAAGGAAUUAGUUUACCAGAGAGAAUCAAUGACGAAGAUCUCCGUAGAUUUCAUGCUGCUGCAAAUGGUGACUUUUUAGUUUUGCUAUCAUCAAUUAAAAAGACAAUCAGAUGGAGGGAGACAUAUAGAAUUCUUUCUCAAGAAGAGCUUGAGACAUGGGCGAACAUGGUAUUCUGGCAUGGAUAUGAUGUCAUGCACAGACCUUGCCUCAUAGUACGGCUUGGGCUAGCUUGCUCCAGCUUGCCAUCUCAUGACAGACCUCGUUUUGCUCAGGCAGUCAUAUCUCAAGUAGAGCAUGGAGUGAUGCAUUUAGUCAGUCCAGAAAAACCUGAAGUUACAGUUCUCGUAGACUGUGCAGGAUUAACUCCUUUCAGAAUUCCCAUGCAAAUAAUGAGAUCCUGUUCUUCCCUCUUGCAAGACCAUUACCCCAACCGUCUUGGCUGCUUGUUUGUUAUACGGCUUCCUCCAGUUGUUCGUGUUAUUGCUCAGACUUUUAUUCAGAUCUGUGGCUUUUCUCAGGUUCUGAAACCAGUUACUAGGAAAAAGUUAAAAAUUGGAGGAGAAAUGUAUCGCAAGGUUCUCUUUGAGAAUCUACAGACACUCCCAUCAUAUCUUGGUGGAGAUUGCAGGUGCACAAAAUGUUUAACUAUUGGUGUUCAUGAUGUGAAGCGUUCACACAGAGACCAGAUCAACAAGAUACAGGCAAGUGAAGAUGUUAGCAACAGCGAGGAUAUACCCACAACCAGUAUGAUUUGUCAGGAUGAUAUUCAUGAGAGUGGGAGCUGUGACCAGGUAUUGAGAACUGCCAUAGUAGGCCUGCUCAUGUUCUGGGUUCUUAUAGCGUUAAUUGCAGGAUUAUAUGAUCCUGAAAGCCAUCCCUUUCAAUCUCAAUAAGAAAAAAGCGGUGCUUUUUAUUGGGACUGUCAAGCUCUUUUCUUGUUCAAUUCUGCUUAUUUUGAUAGUCUCUGAGUGUGUAAAUUGGUCCCCAUUGUGUUUAAAUCCUUUCUGGCGAAAGUUUAUGCUGUAGUAGUACAACCAAAUUCUUUUAAUAGUCGAGCUAAGUGUGCAGCUCUAUAUUGUUGUCCAUAUGCAGAAAUUGUAUCUAAGGUAAUAAAUUAAUAUCAUAUUCUGAACUCUCAAUAUCAA